AUGGCGGACUCUUACAAGGAAGAAACGAUCACCACCCGCUUCGAUGCGUCCCCGGAGACCAACUCCAAGGCCUCGAAGGGUCACUGCAAAAGGUUCUGGUGGGUAUAUAUCUUGGUACUGGUGGUUAUUGUCGUAAUUGUGGUGCCUGUCGUACUUCUGGUUGCUGUACCAAAAAUUGCCCAACAGAAAAUCAAUGAGGCGAAACUCCAUGUCGACAGCAUCGUCGUCACCAACACAAGGCCUAAUGUCUUGAACAUGGCCAUCAACUCGACGAUCACCACCGAUGGCAAGGUGCACGCUACCAUUGCAGGAUUUCAGUCCACCAUGUAUCUCAUGGACGUCGACCCUCCUCUAGCCUUCGCCACCCUCGACUUUCCCCAGACAAAAUCGGAUGCUCUGAUGGUAGUCAACAUCAGCCAGGAACUCACCUUCGAUAACCUGGAUGCAGUUAAGACCUUCAACGCACAUCUCCUCUCUAAGGAGAAGAUCAACGUCAAGAUCGAGGGCGACACGAACGUCCGCGUUUCCGGCAUCGCGCGCAACUACCCCGUAUCCUUCUCCAAGAAUAUCGAGAUGGUCGGGUUCAACAACUUCGCUGGCGUCGUGGUCACGAACCCACACGUCAACCUCAACCCAGUAAACAACUUCAAUGCCACCGCGAAUCUGCCUAACCCCACAAUAUGGACCGUGGAAAUUGGCAACGCAACAUUCCAUAAUUACUUGAACGGCUCUGAUAUCGGCACGGCGUACAUCUUGGACGUGGUCCUGAGACCAGGCGAUAACGAGUUCUUCAUUUGGGCAGACGUUAAUCAGGCCCCUAUCCUAAACGCCUUGACUUUGCCCCCGGCCUGCGAAACCGGCAACCUCACAAUCGACCUCGGCGGCAAGACAGUUAUGAACAACGGCCAGACCAUCUCGUACUUCCAGGACGCGUUCGCCUCGUCCAAUGUUAGCGCUAUCAUUGACAUCGGCGCCGCCGUUAAGAACGAUAUCGGGUUGAGUAUCCCGUGUAAGGGCUCUAGUUAA